GGCGCCUGGCCGGGAAGGGCCUGGUCAGCUGCGUCCGGCGGAGGCAGCUGCUGACCCAGCUGUGGACUGUGCCAGGGGUGAAGGAAGUGUGGGGCAGGCGCUCUGGGCCCCCCGUGGAGGGGGCUGCAUCAUGGGUCCCCUCGCGGCGCCCCUCUGGCCUAGAGUCGGCUCCCUCUGGCUUCUGCUCACUGGGGCCGCCUUGGCUCCCCCUCCUAACUUCCCUGGCCCCAAGUUUGAAAGCAAAGCGGCCCUGCUGGCGGCCCACGGGCCCAAAGAGCUUCUGUGCUUCACCGAGCGGUUGGAGGACUUGGUGUGCUUCUGGGAGGAAGCGGCGAGCGCCGGGGUCAGCCUCCACAACUACAGCUUCUCCUACCAGCUCGAGGGUGAGCAGUGGAAGCCGUGCCGCCUGCACCAGGCGCCCGCGGCCCGCGGAGCUGUGCGCUUCUGGUGCUCGCUGCCUACGGCGGACACGUCGAGUUUCGUACCCUUAGAACUGCGGGUCACAGCGGCCUCGUCCGGCGCUCCACGCUACAGCCGAGUCAUCCAGAUCAACGAAGUGGUGCUCCUGGACCCCCCUGCGGGGCUAGAAGCGCGGCGGGCGGACGAGGGCGGCCACGUGGUACUACGAUGGCUCCCACCUCCUGGGGCCCCCAUGGCGAGCCUCAUCCGCUACGAGGUGAACAUCUCCGCAGGCAGCGCCUCAGGGGGCACGCAGAAGGUGGAGAUCCUGGACGGCCGCACCGAGUGCGUGCUGAGCAACCUGCGGCGCGGGACGCGCUACACCUUCAAGGUGCGCGCGCGUAUGGCGGAGCCGAGCUUCGACGGCUUCUGGAGUGCGUGGUCCGAGCCCGCGUCGCUGCUCACAGCCAGUGACCUGGACCCGCUCAUCCUGACGCUCUCCCUCAUCCUCGUGCUCAUCCUGCUGCUGCUGGCCGUGCUCGCUCUCCUCUCCCACCGCCGGGCUCUGAAGCAGAAGAUCUGGCCAGGCAUCCCAAGCCCCGAGAGUGAGUUUGAGGGUCUUUUCACCACCCACAAAGGUAACUUCCAGCUGUGGCUGUAUCAAAACGACGGCUGUCUGUGGUGGAACCCCUGUACCCCCUUCGCAGAGGACACACCCAUCCCCCUGGAAGUCCUCUCUGAACGCUGUUGGGGGGUGACACAAGCAGUGGAGCCAGGGACAGAUGACGAGGGGCCCCUGCUGGAGCCAGUGGGCAGUGAGCAUGCCCAAGACACCUACCUGGUGCUGGACAAAUGGUUGCUGCCCCGGAGCCCACCCAGCGAGGACUCCCCGCGGCAUGGUGGUGAUUUGGACGUAGCAGCCAUGGAUGAAGGCUCAGAAGCAUCCUCGUGCUCAUCUGUUUUGGCCCUGAAGCCAGAGGGGGCUUCAGCUGCCAGCUUUGAGUAUACCAUCCUGGACCCCAGCUCCCAGCUCUUGUGCCCAAGGGCACUGCCCCCUGAGCUGCCCCCCACUCCACCCCACCUUAAGUACCUGUACCUCGUGGUGUCAGACUCUGGAAUCUCAACUGACUACAGCUCAGGGGGCUCCCAGGGAGCCAAGGGAGGCUCAUCCAAUGGCUCCUAUUCCAACCCCUAUGAGAAUAGUCUUGUCCCAGCCCCUGAGCCUUCACCUCCCAGCUGUGUGGCCUGCUCCUAGGACUCUAGUCCUCAGAUUCUUGGGACCCAGCAUGACCCCAAGGCCUAUUUGGCAGGGUUAGUGAGGCCUCUCUCAGGACUAGGCUGUGUGCCUAGGCUAUUUCUGACUUUGGCUAUGUGCCUAAUCCAUCCUACUCAGGAAGUCAUAACAUUGCAGUAUUUUUAAAUGUAUAGGGUUUCUUUUGUUUUUUGGUGUGUGUGUAUAUAUAUUAUGUGUAUAUAUAUAUAUAUUUCUGCUCCUAUGGCUCACACCGUAGAGGGAGCAGUAUAAAAGGCUGUGAACUCAGUCUGAAAUUCAGGAUCUGGAAAUCUGAAUAAUAAUCAUAAUAAAAUGAAUUAACCACUCUGUUACACUA